AGUAAUAUAUUACUUCCGGAGCACGCAGAAAAUAAACAGCCCGUUUGGCUAAAGCGAAUGUCGUCCUUACAGACAAGCAUGAACCCCAGAUAUUAGCAAUGAGAUAAGGCAGCUUUGACACUUGAAUCCAUCCUCCGAAGAUUCAUCAUUUGGCCCCAGCAUCAGCAUCCACUGACACUCAGAAAAACAUGACAGAGCUACGCAACCCAGGGAUGUCCUCAAUCCCUCAGACAGCCCCAGUGCACAGCGACUCGACCUCCCAGGCUGUAGAGAUGGACCCAGUGGAGUAUACCCUUAGGAAGCGCCUCCCCCGGAAGCUCCCAAAGAGACGGAACGACGUCUAUGUCAACAUGAAGACUGAUUUCCGGGCUCAGCUAGCACGUUGUCAGAAGCUUUUGGAAGGUGGGGGUCACAGGGAGAUCUGUGUCCACGGCCUGGGCCUUGCCAUCAACAGGGCUAUCAAUAUUGCCCUUCAGCUGCAGGCCAGCAGCCAGGGGGCGCUGCAACUGGCAGCCAACACCUCUACAGUGGAGCUGGUGGAUGACCUGGAGCCUGAAGAUCCCGAUGAGGCCGGGGAGCCCAUGACGCGUACACGUAACAACUCGGCAAUUCAUAUUAAGGUUUUCUACCCUGACCCUCAGUGACCUGAAUAGAGGUAUGCUCAGUGUGUCAGACAGUCCUAUUUGUUUCCUCAUAAAUUAGUAGAUCAGAAAACAUUCUCUGUUGGGACAGUUUGUGUGGGGACCUAUGACGGCAGCAAAGGACUGCAGAAUGGCAGACAAGUAUACAGUGUGUCUGUAUCAGUGAAUUAUGUCAUAAUGGACAGCUUUAGUUGACUGGAUAUACUGUGCUGUUACUUUUGUCAUGUAUUGUGUCCUGCCUUUAAGUUUGCAUGUCUUGAAGCAACAGUGGUGUUUUCCUGGUGAAACCUUGAUGUAAUUUAAUAUUUGAAGACAUGGCUGUGCCAAAUGUACAAGUGUCUUUAAUUUUAAGAGACCCAAGAGUCUGUGUGAGUUUUUAGUUUCACGUCUGUGUUUUCAAAGAUACAAAAAAGCAAAAGAAAGAGGAAAUCCAAAGUUUAUAUUUCAAGCAGGUGUUGCUGAAGAUGUCCACUAGAUGUCAGUAGUCGGCUACACAUAGGCAUGCCAGGAUGUUAUCCCUCUGCAAGCUAAGCUGUAUGGCACCAUGUCACAAUCCAUUCUCAAAACUGGUUAUGAGGGUUCAGCUGAGGGUCAUAUCAUUGAACAGCUGCUGUUUUUUGUUUUGUUUUUUUUUUCUAAAAUGGAUGUAGUAGACUGUUUUCAGGAAGAUGACGUAUUUGAUUUCUGGAUAAAAAUAAAAAUUUCUGGAUAUUAUA